AUGAAGCGGAAAAAUUCUGUGUACGACUCAUCGAAAGAUCAGACUUUGGGAAAGGUCGUCAAAGGAGAGUCGCCAAUAUGGAUUCGCUUUUUGAUGAGCAUUCUCCGAGUUUGGUUCUUCAUAUACGAUUGUCUCAACUAUCUUCCAUAUCAAUUGUUUAAUUCGCCGACAGCGAAAUUGCGCAAAUCUGAAAGGCUUAAGGCGAUGUGGGUUGAUAAGAGAGAUGGACCGAUUCGGAAUAUUCAUGGGCAUGCGAGUGAGACAUUUAUUGGAAAAGAUACCAUUGACAAGGUUUGGAGACACUGUGUUGAAUUGUACGAGGAAUCACCAUGUCUUGGAACUCGACAACUAUUGGAAGUUCACGAAGAUAAACAGGAAGACGGACGUAUUUUCGAGAAAUGGCAUCUGGGAGAUUAUGUUUGGCAAAGUUAUCGCGAAGUUGAGAAUCAAGUUGGACGCAUUGCCGCUGGAAUUAAGGAUUUGGAGAAAGACGAGAAAGACCCGAAGGUGGUUAUUUUCGCAGAGACUCGUGCCGAUUGGCUCAUUUGUGCUCUUUCUUGCUUCCGGACCAAUAUCACCAUUGUGACUGUUUAUGCAACUCUCGGAGAAGACGCAAUUGCCCAUGCUAUCCAGGAAACUGAGGCCACUUUGAUUAUCACUUCAGCGGAACUGCUCCCUAAAAUCGUAACACUUGGAAAGAAAUGCCCAACGUUGAAAAAUUUGAUUUAUUUCGCUCCUGUCAACUCGAAGGCCCCACAGCCAGACGUCUCAGCGUUCAAAGGACAAUUCAAGGAAGUCUUGUCUUUGAAUCAAGUUUUGGCUCGAAGCCAGGAAGUUAUCAAAUCUUCUCCUGCCGUCAAAUCCGACCUUGCUCUGAUCAUGUACACUUCUGGAACAACUGGGCAACCGAAGGGAGUUAUGCUGCUUCACGAAAACGUUGUGGCUGCUCUUUGCGGACAAGGAGAUGGCGUUGGAAUCAUUUGCAAUACGGAUACGUACAUUGGAUACCUCCCAUUGGCUCACAUCCUCGAACUUGAUGCUGAAUUGACCUGCUUGACAAAAGGGGCGAAAGUUGGAUAUUCGUCUCCAACGACACUUCACGAUCGCGCCAGCAAGAUUUUGAAAGGAACGCACGGAGAUUGCCAUGCUUUGAGACCAACUCUCAUGGCUGCUGUCCCUGCUAUUAUGGACAGAAUUUUCAAGGCUGUAUCGGAAGAAGUUGCCGCAUCGCCGAGAUUUAUGCAAGAAUUGUUCAAACUUAACUACGAAAGGAAACGAUCGCGUUAUUUGGAAGGAUAUUGCAGUCCAUUCCUCGACAGAAUUGUCUUCAAGAAGAUCCGACGGUUAUUAGGUGGAAAACUACGCGGAGUUUUGUCGGGAGGAGCUCCACUCAACGCCGAAACGCAACGGUUCAUGAACAUUUGCAUGUGCUGUCCAGUAGUACAAGGAUAUGGUUUAACAGAAACGUGCGGAGCUGCAUGUGUCGCUGACAUCAAUGACCUUAGCACUGGAACUGUCGGACCACCAGUAAGAUGCUCAGAUAUCGCCUUGAGAGAGUGGCCAGAAGGGGGAUAUUCACCAUUCAAUGAUCCACCACAAGGAGAAAUUCUGAUUUCUGGAGAAAAUGUUUCACCUGGUUAUUGGAAACAGCCAGAGAAAACAGCUGAAGAUUUCAUUAUGUAUCAAGGAAAACGGUAUUUUGCUACUGGUGACAUUGGUCAGAAACGCGAAGAUGGAUCUCUUUUGGUUAUUGACAGAAAGAAGGAUUUGGUGAAAUUGCAACACGGAGAGUACGUUUCACUCGCAAAGGUUGAAUGCGCACUUUUGAAUUGCCCGAUUGUCGAUAACAUCUGUGUAUACGGUAGCAGUUUGGAGAACAGCGUAGUUGCACUUGUGGUACCAAAUCAGAAACAUUUAGAAAAGAUCGCAGAAGAGCAAGGAGAAACUUCGAAAGAAAUGAAGGAUAUGUGCUCGAACAAGCAGGUGGUCGCCGCAUUCAAGAAGCAACUUGAGGAACACGCCAAGAAGAGCAAGCUUAGCCGUGUUGAAAUCCCAGCGGCUAUUUAUUUGUGCCCCGAAAUCUGGACUCCUGAUACUGGCCUAUUGACAGAAGCCUUGAAAUUGAAGCGAAAGCCAAUUCAGACGGCUUACCAGAAGACUUUGGAUGAGUUGUAUAAGGAUUUGAAUGGAAAUUAA